GUCAACUCGUAUUCUCAGCAUGACUCGCUCUAAAACCAGAGCAGCAUCUGCAGGAACCUGUAUCUGCUUGUCUCAGUCUUACUCCCUGUCUCUCUCUUUCUCUUUCUCCCCCACUCCCUGACACUCUCUCACCCUCAUCCUAUGUGUGUCAUCCUCUCUCUAACACUGUCUGUCUGCCACUAACUAUCUGUAAUACUGUCUGUUCAUCUUUAUCACAUGGUCUCUGCAGCAAACGCUCGUAGAUUUGGAGCUGUCUCUGCAGCAGUCUUGUCUUCGCACAUCUGGAACUCUCUGCAGGAGUCUGCCUCACAACUGGAGCAGUCUCUUUAGCGGUCUCUCAUAUAUUUCCAUCCAUCUGUUCAGUGGUCCCUCACACACACAUCUGGAUCGGGUUCUGCAGAGGUCUCUCUCCCAUCUUGACCUGUCUUUGCAGCGUUCUGUCUCAGCGUCUGGAGUUAUACGUAAAGCGUAAAGUGUUGAACAUGACGGGCAUACAAAGAGACAGAGGGAGAGAGGAGAAGCCAGAGGAGAAAGGGAAGGAGAAGUGGAGAGGAGAGACAGAUGGUACAAUUUUUCCAAAUCUCAUGGCUUAAGGUGCGACCUCAACUCCAAGACUUUACUACAUGGAAUACUCUGACUCGCAGCAACUGAAUCACUACUUUUUGUGACCUUUGCCCUUGGCCCCAUUUUGCUAUAUCGGGGUCUCCAUCCUCCCAAUGCCUACCAUCCAUUUGUGCCCUCUACUUUCUCUACUACUUUUGGGCUGUUCCUCCCCUGCCCCUCUCAUGGAGGAAUUCUCUCACGGGCUCAGUGGGGAUACCGGGUCUCCAUCUUCACCUCCACAGGGCCCUGGGCCACCUCCCCGGUCCAAACGUAGUUGGGUCUGGAACCAGUUCUUUGUGAUAGAAGAGUAUGCAGGGCCAGAGCCUGUCCUGAUUGGGAGGCUACACACAGAUGCAGACCGUGGAGAGGGACGAGCCAAGUACGUCCUGACUGGAGAAGGAGCCGGUUCUGUGUUUGUUAUUGAUGAGAAAACUGGGAAUAUUCAUGUCACAAAGUCCCUGGAUCGGGAAGAGAAGGAGGAGUAUGUGCUACUGGCACAGGCUGUGGACAAGCUUACUCUCCGACCUCUUGAACCCCCCUCCCAAUUCAUCAUCAAGGUGCAGGACAUUAAUGACAACCCCCCUGUUUUCCUGCACCCUCCCUACAGGGCCUCUGUGCCGGAGAUGUCCAACGUAGGAACUUCUGUGAUCCAAGUGACAGCAAGUGAUGCUGAUGACCCCACAUAUGGAAACAGUGCUCGACUUGUGUACACUGUACUGGAAGGGCAGCCAUACUUCUCGGUGGACCCUCAAACAGGUGUGAUCCGUACUGCAAUCCCAAACAUGGACCGAGAGACGCAGGAUGAAUUUCUGGUUGUCAUACAGGCUAAGGAUAUGGGAGGCCAUGUGGGAGGACUGUCAGGCUCCACUACAGUUACGGUCACAUUGACAGAUGUCAAUGACAACCCACCCAAAUUCCCCCAAAGCUUGUACCAAUUCACUGUUUUAGAGGACACUGUUCCUGGCUCUCUAAUUGGCCGUCUGCGAGCACAUGACCCAGACAUUGGUGAAAAUGCAGUGAUGUCAUACAGUAUCUUGGAUGGUGAUGCUGGGGACACCUUUAGUGUGACGUCAGACUCUGCGGGACAGGACGGCAUUCUCAGAGUACAGAAGCCUCUGGAUUUUGAGUCCCGCCGCUCUUUCACAUUUCGUGUUGAAGUAAUGAACACUGUGAUUGAUCCUCAAUAUAUUCGCCGUGGACCUUUUAAGGAUGUCACAACAGUGAGGGUGACAGUUGGGGAUGUGAAUGAACCCCCCUUAUUCUCCAAGAACCCCUAUACCUUAAGUGUGCUGGAAAACCAACCUCCAGGCACCUAUGUGGGUGUGGUUCAGGCCUGGGAUCCUGACUUACAGAGCAACACUGUCAGUUACUCUAUUGAGCCAUUCUCUGACCCUGAAGCUUUCUUCUCAAUACACCCAGAGGAUGGGAUUCUCAGAACGAGCAUUUCCUUGGACCGUGAGAGCAAGAAAGAGCACAGUAUUACUGUAUCAGCUAGUGAGACCGACAGCCCCUCCCAGGUGUCACAAGUUGAAGUUGUGAUCCAGGUGUUAGAUGUGAAUGACAAUCCUCCAAUCCUGGCUGAGGCAUACAAACCACAUGUUUGUGACAACGCACAACCUGGAGAGAUCAUCCAGACAGUCAGAGUGAAAGAUGCAGACAUUGAGAACGGUCUUUUCUAUAUUCAAAGUCCGGGUGUGGCAUCAGAUGGAAACUUCACCCUUCAAGACAACAAAGAUGGAAGCGCAUCUCUUCUGGUGAAGCACAGCAGCUUCUGGAGGUCUCAGAGGGACAUCUUCUUAGUGCCUAUAGAGAUUAAGGACAGUGGAGAUCCUCCUCUUAGCAGUACAGACACCCUAACAGUCUCUUUGUGUCACUGUGAGGCAGGUGGGGCGGUCCUGACCUGUCAUAUGACCUCAGGGUCAGCUGCCGGACUCAGCACCCCUGCUUUGCUGGCCAUAUUGGCCUGUGCAUUUAGCCUUCUGGCCCUGGUGUCCCUGUUUUAUUUGCAGCGUAGACACAAGCCAACACCUUUAUCACUGUGUGAGGAUGAGGAUAUCAGAGAGAAUAUCAUUACAUAUGAUGACGAAGGUGGGGGAGAACAGGAUACUCAGGCUUUUGACAUGUCAGCCUUGCAGCCCCCACAGACAGGACUCACUGGAGGUUUCUUCCACCCACCUAGAAUGGAUGUUCUUCCCCGAGUUCCUCAUCAACAUGCCCCACGCUCCCCUCAACCCGCUCCUGUGGAUGUGCAACGGUUCCUGGCACUGAGGCUAAGAGAGGCAGAAGGAGACCCUUUGGCACCACCUUAUGACUCCAUCCAGGUGUAUGGAUUUGAAGGUGGGGGUUCCUCAGCUGGGUCGCUCAGCUCUUUAACCAGCAGCUCUGGAGGUUUUGGAGAAGAAGAACCUGUGGGGGAAGACAUAUGGGAAUGGGGUCCCCAUUUCAGGACACUUGCAGAGAUCUAUGGAGCGAAAAGAUCAGAAGAUUAAACCACUCUCUGUUGAAGAUAUGCAGAAUGAUUGUUAACAUAUUUCUUGUGAGUGACCUGCAGAAUGCUCAUUGUUUCCUUCCCGACAACAGAGAGAUUUACAAAGGAGAGACUGUUCCCCUGGUUUUCCAGAAAGACAGUAUACUUGCAGAGAAAGGAGAAAGAGAAAGGAGAAACAGUGAUUAAUCCAUUCCCUUUCAGAAACUGUUAUGGUUUUAGUAUGAAGAUCCUGCUGGAAUUGUGAAAAGUCUCUAGGGCACAGGUUCUCAAACUCGGUCCUCAGGACCCCACACGGUGCAUGUUUUGCAGGUCACCUCACAGAAUCACAAGUGAAAUAAUUAGCUCCACCUGCAGACCUUUUAAAAUGUGUCAGUGAGUAAUUAAUACACCUGUGCACCUGCUGGGUGACCUGCAAAACAUGCACUGUGUGGGGUCCUGAGGACCGAGUUUGAGAACCACUGCUCUAGGGGUAUUGUGAAGUUUACAAAAUUGCAUUGAACUCUUCCAGUCUUCCCACCGCUUGCUGCGGGUGUCUCAGACACAGUCAGAUGUGUGCCAUUUGUGGAAAGCAAACAUUUUAUUUUCAAAAUAAAAAGAUAAAAUAAGAAAA